UGCCUUAUCUUUUAAAUUUUUGUUGUAAAUCUAUUUCUCUCUCUUACCUCAACCGAGGAUUCUUUUCUCACGUGGUGAUUAGAGGAUGAAAAGAUUUGAUGACCGUUUGGAGAAAUCUAAAAGAAUGGAGAUAGCCCGAAGUUCAAGUGCCCGAAAGCCAGUGGGAGCUAUCGUUUUAUUUUUCUUUUAGGGGCCACAAUCAUUACACGUUUAUUUAGUGCGUUUUGUGAAUGCAUGUUGAAUAUAUGUUGAACGCUAGAAAUGGACAUGUGCGCGGCCAUGUCGAUAGGUGAGAUCGAAAUUAUAAAUCCCUCACGAAUAUUAAGUCUGUUGCCUUCUCACGCCCGGCACCUAUCCGGCUAAUGUGCACUGUCAUGUACUCAGCCUCAGCAGAGCAUAGUACGGUGUAUGUUAAGCUGGUUACGGGAACCGCCAUAGCGUGGUCGCUGUCACACGUUGGGUUAGACUUAACUGAGUCUCGGUCAAAUGGAUGGACGACUCAAAGGCAGUAAGUUGGGGUCAUCAAUGACAAGUCGGAUGAUUUUACUCACUCAUCCAGCCAGGAGUUGGAUCUUUAUGAUUUAAUUGGAACUCUGUUCCUAACCAAAGUAGUCUGCUUGUAAGACGUGCCUCAGCCAAUUACAAGUAUGGUGAAAAGGUGUCCUGGUCCGGUUGUAGUAAUAUUAUUCGCCCAACACCAAACCAAGAGCUGAGAGCCCGGCUCAUCAGUUGGAACUAUGUUCCUACCUAAAUAGUUGUCUUGUGGAGUAACGCCCAAGCGGAACGCAAGAUAAUGAAAUAUGGAUCUUGGCCCACUAGAGGUUUCGCCGGAAAUCUCUGAAUCAAUAUCGAGGGCUAUUGAUUUGUUAAAAAUAGUGGGAGAUAAUUAAUUAAAGGCCUAAUUAAUUAUUAAACAUGAUAGAUAACCUAGUUUGCAAACUUUUCUGUAGAUGGCAAACAACAACAACUCUUUCAACCUGCGUUACAUCCUGGAAAAUAACAAGUUAUCCGGGACCAACUUUCUUGACUGGGAGAUGAAUCUCCGAAUCGUUCUUAACUGUGAGAGGAAACUCUACAUCCUCGAAACGGAUCCUCCCAAGACCCCUGAUGCUAAUGCUCGUGCGUCCGAACUCACUUCCUUCAAGAAGUAUGAGGACGACGCGCGAGAUGUAAAGUGUAUCAUUAUGGCCAGUAUGACUGUGGAGCUCCAAAGGCUCCACGCAGACAUAGAAGUGCGUCCUAUGAUACAAUGCUUAAGAGACCUUUACCAGGGUCAGCCCCAAAACUCAAGUAUUUACGUUAUCGAAGUCAAUAUGUCUGAUAUCACCUCUUGGGUGAUGGGUACUGGAUGUGGUUCUCACAUCUGUACUGUAGACAAUUGACGGAGGGGAGAUACAACUAAAAGUCGGAAAUGGCGCACUCGUCUAUGCAUUGAUCGUCGGAACCUAUAGUUUGUCUCUACCUAGUGGUCUUAUAUUGCAUUUGAAUAAUUGUCUGUUUGUACCUAGUAUGAGCAGAAACAUCAUUUCUAUAUCCUGCCUUGACAAAGCAGGAUUUUCGUUCGUUGUAAAAGACAAAACUCUUUCUGUCUUUAGAAAUGAUAUAUUUUAUGCAAGUGCAAAAAUGACCAAAGGUCUCUAUAUCCUUGACAUGGAUACCGCAAUAUAUAACGUAGAUGUUAAGAGAAACAAACCUAACAGUUUGAAUCUCCACUACGCCAAAAACAUCAUCAGACCACUGUUGAUUCACUACUGUUUAUGCAAACACAGUAGUUGAAAAAAAACAGACUACUGUUAGUUUUUCUUAAGAACAGAACAGUAGUCUAGCUGCAAUGCUUUAAAACUAUUUUUCAAGUUUCGAGAAACAGUAAUGUAUCAUUAGUUGUCUGUCUCAGUUCAAGAUACAAUUUUUCUUACAACAGUUGUCAAUAACAAGUUAAGAAUACUCUUUUUAAACAAUAGUCUGGGUUGUUAUUAUAG